UCUACUCGUAUAAUCGCAUUCAUUCACCAACCCUAAACAUAAUCAUCUCAUGCCCCUCUGCCUGUGGUAUAUAACCCAAACUAAAGCCGCCUAAAGCUACAUCGAUCUGCACACGACAAGAGAACCAAAGACACAAUCCGUACGCACGCACACAUCAUGCCAAUGGAGAAGAAGCACAGGCACGCGAGGUCCAGGAGCUUCAGCGGCGGCGCCAUCGUCUCCUUCCUCAAGAGCACGGCGGCAUCCUUCACGGCGACCACCACCACGGCCUCCGCGCCGCCGCCGCCGCACGGCAGGUCGUCGUUCAACCACCGCAACGCCUUCUCGGGGCCCAUCGUCUCCAUCGUCCCGCCGGAGGCGCGCGGCGGCGGCGGCGGCAGCCGCCGGGAGCACCGCUCCGGGUACCGGACGCCCGAGCCGUCGUCGCCCAAGGUCUCCUGCAUCGGCCAGAUCAAGAAGGCCAACGCCAAGAAGGUCAAGGCGAGCUGCAAGAACGGCGCGUGCCCGCUCCCGCCCCGGCCGCCGGCCGACGCCGCCGCCGCGCGUAGGCAGAAGAGCUCGCUCGUCAGGAGGAUGCUCUUCCGCCGCAGCAGGUCGCGGAAGGCGUCAUCGUCGUCGUCGAGGGACGGCGGCUUCUUCAAGGGGAGGACGGCCGGGCGCGCCGGCGCCGCCGUGGCUGCGGCGCCGGCACCGGCGGGGCUCGGGCAGAUGAAGCGGUUCACCAGCGGCCGCGCGGCGUUCGAGGACUUCGACUGGAGGGAGGCGGAGAGGAUGGCGAGUGACGACGACGACGACGUGCUCGUCGCGCACUCGGCGCCGCUCGUGCUCGGCGGCGGCCUGGUGGCGUCGGAGCCGAGGAAGGAGGUGAACCUCUGGAGCCGGCGACCCAUGGCUCCUCCCACUCCGCUUCGACUUCCAUAGAUGACGUCAGCGUGCAUGAGCUUUUGCAUGCGUGUUCAUCGAUCUGUUCGUCCAUUUCUAGGCCCAAAUGCGAGCGUAUUCCCAUUCCAAUGUAAUUUUUUGAUUUUUUUUUGUUCUUGGAGUAAUUUGUACAGUCAUAUACUUCACACGAAACUGAUCAAAAGUACAUCGAUAGUUGUUUUUUCUUCUCCUUAAAUUUUAGAUGUGAUGCUUUUGUUUAGAAAAGAAGAUACAACGAAAGAGAACAAAAUAAUUAAAAAAAGGUUGUUAGAUGAAAACAACUUGUUGUUUUGAUAAGUAUAUGAAUGGAUUUCGUGUAAGAUGAGUCUUGGAA